GUGACUUUUCUGCCCCCCCAGCCCCUGCAGGAGCUGCAGGCGGGGCCGGGGCUGUGCCGGAUGCGCCAGGACCCGACGCGGCCUCACCUGGUGGGGACGGGGGGGAAGGAGAACGGGCUCAAGGUGUGGGACCUGCAGCGGCCCCAGGAGCCCCUGUUCCGCGCCAAGAACGUGAGGAACGAUUGGCUGGACCUGCGCGUGCCCGUCUGGGAGCGCGACCUGCACUUCCUGCCCGGCUCCCAGAGGGUCGUCACCUGCACGGGGCACGGCCAGGUGCGUCUCUACGACCCCUCCUCGCCCCAGCGCCGCCCGGUGCUCGAUGCCACCUUCGGGGAGGCGCCGCUGACGGCGCUGGCACUGCCCGCGGGGGACACGUCAGUGCUGGGGGGUCCCCACUGA